AUUCUGUAAUUAUCGAACUUACCGCUAUAAAGAAACUCUAUCUAUAAUCAUCACUAAUCCGAAAUUAUUGUACUCGACACUACAAAGAUAAUUUACAUGAACGAAUGAAAUGUGUAUUGUCAUAAACCAUACAACCAUCUUUCCCUUACUCUAGGUGCGGCGUUGAUGCUGGUAACAGUGGUGGGGAUCCCGGCACACAGCCAGCAGGCAUCGGCAGCAUCCUUCCGCCUGGUCACCGCUUACACGUUAAACCGAACUGAUGACUCCACUCAAACAUUUCUCAGAGUGGGGACCUCUCCCUCCACCCGGUCCCUUACCUUGGCUCUGCAGACUGACCUGACUAACUGUGGAUGCAAUGUCACCGGGAAUUACUCAGGUCGCGUCCUCCAGGUGACAGGUGGCUACACAGGUGAUGCGCUCAAAGUCGUGGCGCAGAGGUACCAGCAUGUGGGGGGCGUUGGAUCAGCUGAGGAGUUGGUGAGCGUAGCGUGGCACCCCGAGGAAGAGAGCGAGACGCAGCCGGAACCGAGGCAGGACGGGGCGUGGUGGUGCGCACUCAGUUCUCUGAAUCCAUCUUUGGCGUAUCUGUGGACUCACUGAUGCCGGGGAAGCGUCGGCGUCUCCUGAACCUCACCGUCACGCCACACACUGGAAAACACUGGCAGGUGAGCCUACAUGUGCCAAUUAUCUCUACAGCCCUCGAGUGGGAGACGAAGCUCUGGAAAAAUCAGGGCAAGCAACAUUGGGAAGUUAAUGGGGAAGUCAAGUCUACCAAAUCUGACAUAUCGUUAGAAUUCGUUCACUUCAAGCAGGAGAAGCAGGACGAGGAGACUCAGGUCACGGAUGACAGAGGUGAGGCUGGCAGGUGUGAUGCUGAAGGUUGUGGGGACGGCAAUGUCAAGGAGCCAAAAGCCAAGUCGCGGCACCACGUCGACAGUGAUUGCGACUCAGAUUUAAGAAAAGAACAGACAGUAGACCAGAAUGAAGUUUGUAGUGGUCGAGAUCCUAAAUCAGAAGACUUAAAGCAAAAUGAUCCUGAUUCCAUAAUGGUAAAUGUAGACGAAGAAUGUUCCAGGAAAGCGGAGUGUGAUGGACCGGAAGAGUCAGUGUCAAGUGAAGCUGUUCAAGAGACUACACAAAAAUUAACUUCCCGGGUUUUCAGCCUUUCUUCCAACAUGAAGACUUACGUCUCAUCUGACGGAGGACGCUGGAUUCGGAUCCUGCAGCGCACACACCUGGCAUUCUGUCCUCGCCUUGGCUGGAACUUGAACCGUGCGGCGUUGAUGCUGGUAACAGUGGUGGGGAUCCCGGCACACAGCCAGCAGGCAUCGGCAGCAUCCUUCCGCCUGGUCACCGCUUACACGUUAAACCGAACUGAUGACUCCACUCAAACAUUUCUCAGAGUGGGGACCUCUCCCUCCACCCGGUCCCUUACCUUGGCUCUGCAGACUGACCUGACUAACUGUGGAUGCAAUGUCACCGGGAAUUACUCAGGUCGCGUCCUCCAGGUGACAGGUGGCUACACAGGUGAUGCGCUCAAAGUCGUGGCGCAGAGGUACCAGCAUGUGGGGGGCGUUGGAUCAGCUGAGGAGUUGGUGAGCGUAGCGUGGCACCCCGAGGAAGAGAUGCUGUUCAUGGCGGCUCCCAGGACCACCCUCAGCCUGGCCAGCGGGCAUGAGGGCCAGGCGGGUCAGUGGUGGCGGCUGUGGUUGAGAGGCGGUGAGGAAGAGCGCGGCAAGGCCUCCAGUGGUGACCCCGCAAGGCCUCCAGUGGUGACCCCGCGCCGCCUCAGCUUGACCAAGAGCGAGACGCAGCCGGAACCGAGGCAGGACGGGGCGUGGUGGUGCGCACUCAGUUCUCUGAAUCCAUCUUUGGCGUAUCUGUGGACUCACUGAUGCCGGGGAAGCGUCGGCGUCUCCUGAACCUCACCGUCACGCCACACACUGG